AUGAAUCCGUCCUGGGAGAACCGCCUUUUUGAUCACGGUCUCUCCCCUGCCAGAGUAUAUAUUUAUUCCAUGUCACCUGAAAUCAGAACCGAUAGUUUAGAGAUUGUGCCAAGUUCAAAUCCGAGUUCUCAGAUUGACAUGGAAGAUGUUAGCUCAUUUUUAAGAAGAGAUGUUCUGCACCCUGCCAAAGAUAAGCAGGAGAAAUUUGAGGUUAUUGAUCCUGAACAUGUAAAUUCACAUACAGCAACAGAUUUUUUUCUGCAUGAUGAAAUAGUGUUUGCAGAUUACCUGUCAGAGUUUCACAUACAGCUGCCCAAAUUGCAUAAUCUCAGUUGCAGAUUGAAAGUAAUUACCCUGAAAGACACAUUUGUAAAUUCUGAAGGAGAACCUUUGACUGAGGCAAUGUUUUUCAGCUCCUGCAUGCGCUAUCCCUCACAGAAGGAUAUUACUGCCAAAGCAACUGAAAAGCUUUUGAUUAAGGAAGAUUACAAGCCAUUUACACAGUUGGAUGAUGAGUCUCUGAUGUUACCUGUUGAACUGACUAUCAGCAGUACAGUGGAUUUAAGUUGGACUAAAGGCUUCUCACCACUUUCAGAAGUUAAAUCGCUUUUACCAUUGACAACAGAAGAUGUGACAAAUGUUGAUUCAUGUAAAAAUGUUAUAAACAGUGAUUUCAAAGAUAAAUAUAUGCUAAACUUAGAAACAUUUGAAUGUUGUGAAACUAUGAGUUCAUUGAAUGAAAAUAAGAAUGAGGCCAAUGAAUUCACUGCAGACAUUAGUGAUCCAGUUUGCUGCGACAUUUAUAGAAGUGUGGAAGUAGAAACCCCAUUGACUCCUCUAUACACAAAUUGUGUAGAAAUUACUUUAUCAACCAAGGAACUGCAUAUGGAGGAACUUUGUCCAUCAUCAUUUGAUGCAAUUUUGACAGGAACAACAAAGGAUUUUCUGGAGUUUCAAAUAUGGCAGUCAGAAAAUUUCUACAGUUUUUCAUCUCUGAGAUUGGGAGAACCUCGGAUAAAAGAACAUGCCUUCCAUCAUAAACCAGCUUCUGAGUUAAUUUAUCUGCUAAAUGCCUCCCCAGAGGAGCUGAUAAGUACUUCAGUAAAAAGUUUAUGGGAGGAGUAUAUGAAAAUAGCUGCACUUCAGAUAGACUUAAUGGAGCAACUGCACUUGGGUCACGUUGAAACAAAAGAAUCGGCAGCUGCUAAACUGGAGGAAUUUUCACCAGUUACCAUGGUUCAUUUGGAAAGUAAGCAUGAUGAAAAUGAAAUUCACUUGUACAAGCUUGCAGCCUUUCUUCAUUUAUUAGUGACCAUUCGUGAUCUUCUAUUGAUGUGUGACCUGGACAUUGCAAUAGGUUCUUUUGUCAUGUAA